UAUGAGAUCCUUUUGAUCAAAAAAGAUGCCGAUCAAGCUGCCAUCAAAACAGCUUAUCGAAAACUAGCCUUAAAACAUCAUCCAGAUAAGCAACCUACUACUUCAACUGAGGAAGAAAAACAGAAAGCCACCGAAACAUUUCAGCAAAUUGGUCUUGCUUAUGCAAUAUUGAGCGAUCCCUCAAAAAAAUCACAUUAUGAUACUACAGGAAACAUCAGCACAGAUAAUUUGAAUGACGGUGAUAAAUCAUGGUCAGAUUAUUUUAAAGAUCUGUGGUCAGGAAUUGUUAGUGCAGAGACCAUUGAAGCCCAUUCAGAAAAGUAUAGAGGAUCCGAGGAAGAGGAAAAAGAUGUCCUGAGAUUUUAUGAGCAAUUCAAAGGCAAUCUAGAUUCUAUCCUUGGUCACCUUGAAUGUUCUACUGCUCAUGACGGUCCUCGCCUAGAGAAAAUCGUCAACAAACAUAUUCAGAGUGGGGCUAUAAAAUCACGCAAAGCUUUUGAGGCUACAAGUACUUCAAAAGCCCAUGCCAAAAGAUCUAAGCAAGCGAAGAAAGACGAGGCUGCUUUCGAGAAACAAAUGAAAAAAAGCAAAAAUCAAAAAGAAAAGGAAAAUGAGAGCGAUAACACUUCACUCGAGGCUAUGAUCCUUGCGAGACAACAGAACCGACAAAGUGGUUUGAGACACACUCUCGACUCUAUAGAAAAGAAAGCCAAAAAAGAACAAGCUUCGUCCUCCGAGUCUUCUUCCAAG